AUUUGGAAAUUGUGUUAAUGCAUAAAAUUCAAACAAGUAAAUAACAUAGUAGCCCUGUGAAGGCCUGACAAUCCUCUGUGCCGGCCGCAAAAUAAAUUUCAGAUGUCAAUUUCGCUUGUAAUCUACGACGACUUUGUACUGUGAUCGUGAUCCAUGCUAACCAGAAUACUACGAUUUCAGCCAUAUUUUAAUUGUCUUGGAUCUAUGAAUGUGGAAUUGCUAAGUUUUAGGCCAUUCACAAGCUUUACAUGCUGAUUUGGGUAGAAGCUUUCGCAAAUUGGAGCUUUAUGUGACCUCUUUCAUGUACUUUUUCUGCAAGCUGAGAUGUAGUUUGAUCGUCCCUAUAGAGAAGGAAUUCAUGGAAAGAAACAGCCAAUAUUUUAUGUGAAAACAAAAAUUUCUUUAUUAAACCCUGGUCCCAAAGAAAAAAACCUCUUACAAAAUCUGUCUUCACUCAUGGAGUCAAAAAACUUUCACUUCUUCAACAAAGCUAUACCUCUGGUGCUGCUAUUUCUCGCAACCGGAUCUGUCAACCAUGGCGACGCGGUUAAAGGGUUCUCGAAAGGUGGUAAAGGGAAGUGGGAGCUUCUUCUGAACAGUUCUGGUGUUGUGGCCAUGCACGCGGCCUUAACACGCCACGACACGGUGGUUAUACUUGAUCAGGCUGAAGGCCAAUCAGAUUACCAUCUGCGAAGAAGGCUGAAUGGAACAAAAUGUGAAGAAACGCAUGCUGAUAUAGAAGACUCAUCUUGUUAUGCUCAUUCAGUGGAGUAUGACAUUCUGAGCAAUAAGAUCAGGCCUCUCAGCAUCCAAACUGAUACUUGGUGCUCCUCUGGUUCUAUAUUGAAUGAUGGGAGGAUUGUUCAGGCGGGAGGAUAUGGCGAUGGAGGGCGAAAAAUUCGCUAUUUUGAACCGUGUGAUGUAGGCAAUACUUGUGACUGGAGGGAAGCUGGAAAUCAUCUAGCAGAUAGAAGGUGGUAUGCUUCCACUCUGUCUUUGCCAGAGAAUGAUCAGGUCAUUGUUGUAGGUGGUCAAAGGAUUUUCACCUACGAGUUUGUUCCGAAAUCAUCAUCCGAGAGUAAGUCAUUCGAUCUUCCCUUCUUGCACAGGACCUACGAGAGCAAGAGUAAAGGUAAUAAUCUCUACCCUUUCCUUCAUCUUUCUUCUGAUGGGAAUAUAUUCAUCUUUGCGAAUCGAGAUUCAAUUCUUUUUGACUAUAAAAGAAGGAAAGUGGUCAAGACAUAUCCUAGAAUUCCAAUGGAUGGUUCAAGGAGCUAUCCUAGUACAGCCUCAUCAGUCAUUCUCCCAUUAGACCAUAAACAUAGCUUCCUAAAAGUCGAAGUCAUGAUAUGUGGAGGUGCUGUUCGUGGAGCGUAUGCAGCUGCUCGGGGAGGCAGAUUCUUGAAGGGCUUAAACUCUUGUGGUAGAAUGGUGAUCACAGGCAACAAUCACAAGUGGCGCAUGGAGAAAAUGGCCGGGCCAAGGAUAAUGAGUGACAUGGUGAUUCUUCCAACUGGUCAUGUACUGAUCAUAAAUGGCGCUCGACGAGGUUGCGCUGGAUGGAAACACGCAGCCUCCCCUGCUCUCCACCCUUUCCUGUACAAACCCGAAAAAUCUCCAGGAAGAAGGUUUAGUAUCCUUAAGGCCACUAAAAUUCCUAGAAUGUACCAUUCAACAGCCACUCUACUUCCUGAUGGAAGAGUUCUUGUAGCAGGAAGCAACCCAAAUAAGCGCUACGAAUAUACCAAUGUGAAGUAUCCCACAGAACUGAGAUUGCAAGCCUUUGUUCCUGAUCACAUGGACAGGAAAUUCAACCACAGAAGAGCGCAUAACGUGUCGAUAACCGCCAGCACAAAAGAGGGAAGUACUGUAGUAUAUGGAGGAGAAUUCGAAGUCCGUUUUCUGCUGAGGAAAAUCAACAGAAAUGGUGUGAAGUUUACUGCACAUUUUCCACCAUUUACAACUCAUUCUAUUUCCAUGAAUCAAAGGAUGCUGAAACUCAGAUGCAAGGAAAUGGUGAAGGAUAAAGAUGGUUGGGUGAAUGCAACAGUUGAGGCUCCUCCAUCUUCCAUUGUUGCUCCUGCUGGAUAUUAUUUGCUUACAGUUGUGAAUGGAGGAAUACCAAGCACCUCAAAUUGGAUUAGGUUUGCAAACAACUGAUGAUACUCUGUGUUGAAAGGAGUUUCUUUUCUUAUAUUCUUUUCUGUUGAAUUUGUAAGCUAAAAAGUUGAUCAGAAAAACAGGAUUCUUAGGUACAGUUAUUUACGUGAAAACUGAAAACAUAUACAAUGUCCAUGAAUCAAUUUCACAAGUCUCUUCUAUACUGGUAUCAAUGUAGAGGUUAGCUAAUAUUAAGCUCAAAAGAUGGUUUUGGC